AUGCAAGUGAUCUAUCAAUUAAGUCUCGUUCAAGAAUCAAAUUCCAGUAUAUUCACCACUGGACUGUUAGAACAUGGGACGCGAUAUAAAAAGAAAAAUCUCCACUUUACGUCCAUACACAAACGCGAUGAGGGCACAUACGAGUGCCGGGCAAGAAGUCUUGGAGGACAGACCUAUUCAAGAGCGGUGAAAGUAGUGGUUUUAAAUGAUAUACGAUGGAAUGAUGAAUCACAUUCUGCUGGUGCUCUUCUUGGUGAACCGCUUACCAUCGACUGUGGAGUAAAUGGUGAUGAUGAAGAGCAUCAGAUUACAAUCACCGAUAGCGAAGGAGAAACUUUGGAUCCAAGCAUGUACACAAUUGCUGGCAAGGAAGUGACCGUGGAACGUUUAACCAAAGACUAUGAUGGAAAGAAGAUCAGCUGUGUUCAUAUCGAAUCCUAUGGCAAAGAUGAACUUCCAAUCAUUGACAGGCGUGAAGUGAACAUUGACGUAUGGUACAAACCCGAAUUCGAGAAAGCCUCUGUUGAUCAAUAUACUAUAGUGGAUGAGAAGUCUCGAGAGGUGGAACUGCUCUGCGCUGUUUCAGCUUCAAAUCCACCACCGAUUCUUUACACAUUUUAUCGAGGAGGAAAUGAACUGACUGAUCCGUCGAAGUAUAAUGUGACCGUUGACAACGAUCACAAAUGGGCCAAACUGAGGAUUUUUGACGUGGACGAAGACGAUUUGAGUGAAUAUCGUUGCGAAGUUAAUAAUGGAAAAGCCAAAAACACAAUGACCAUCCAUUUGAAAGAAACUAAUCCACCAUCCGAGCCUAAAGUCACAUUAUAUAACGUCAAAAAACAUGCAAUUAUUUGGAAGAUCGAAAAUAAACAGGAAGAAGGAGAACUUCCAAUCAAAGAUAUAGAAAUCGAUUAUCUCAGAAAAGCUUUGGUAGACGAAAAAUUAGAGGAAGAUUCGGAUAGCAUUAGCGAUAGUUUCUGGAACGAACAUAGUGUGAAACACAAAAGAAACAAAAGUGUGUCUGGUCUAUACGAAAUCGGUGGACUUCUGCAAGCAUCAGAAUACGUCUUCAAAAUUCGGCAAUUCAGUGAAGCGGGUGAAGGUGAGCCGCUUUGUCAAGAAUUCAAAAGCAGCCUAUUCACGAAAUAA